UGUUCCUCAGUCCAGCAGUGUCCUCAGUCCUGGUCAUCUCCUGUAGUAUGUCCGCAGUUUCUGGUGUUCUGUACUAUGUCUGCAGUCUCUGGUCAUCUCCUAUACUAUGUCCGCAAUCUCUGGUCAUCUCCUGUACUAUGUCCGCAGUCUCUGGUCAUCUCCUAUACUAUGUCCACAAUCUCUGGUCAUCUCCUGUACUAUGUCCGCGUCUCUGGUCAUCUCCUGUACUAUGUCUGCAAUCUCUGGUCAUCUCCUGUACUAUGUCUGCAGUCUCUGGUCAUCUCCUGUACUAUGUCCGCAAUCUCUGGUCAUCUCCUGUACUAUGUCCACAGUCUCUGGUCAUCUCCUGUACUAUGUCCGCAAUCUCUGGUCAUCUCCUGUAGUAUGUCCACAGUCUCUGGUCAUCUCCUGUACUAUGUCCACAGUCUCUGGUCAUCUCCUGUAGUAUGUCCACAAUCUCUGGUCAUCUCCUGUACUAUGUCCGCAGCAUCUGGU